UGGUACUUUGGGGUUGUCUGAGGCCCCAAGGCUAAAUCGCAGCCCAGCGCUCUAAGAACUUGGGUUUUGCAUAUAUCUUGUUGCCAUAUCAUUUCUGUAGGGCUGAAUUGUCAGAAACUUCUGCAAGUCAGCUAAUACUAGAGACACUAAGCUGACAAUGGCGGAUAUGGACAAACUCGACAUCUCCCAGCUUCAGGCGUCCCUGGUAAAGGACUCCUCUGUCGCCACCAUCAACAUUCUUCUCAGUCUUGUCUCGUUCUGGCUUGUUUAUUCUACUCUAGCGUAUAUACCGUCCCGGGUUAUCCGACACAUCCGCAAACGGGCCUCCGCCUGGUCGUAUCUCCUGAACGGUCCGCGUCUCAUCCGAGAAGGUUAUGAAAGAUCGAAUGGCGAACCUUACGAGGUACUCGCACCUGACUCUCGCUAUCUGUUUGUGUCAUCGCCGAAACAUAUCAAGGAGAUCGACACGGCUCCUGACACGGUUCUCUCCCUCAAUGGGGCAGCGAAACACAUGCUGCAGCCGCUUUACACAAUGAGCGGAUUCAACUGGUUUGAGCGGCGGGGAGUGGAGGGCGUCGGGUUUGUACGCACUCUCCGGACGCUUUUGACUGGCAAUCUUCCCCAGACCCUGCCAGACCUGAGUCUCACAACCAAGGCCCUAUUCGCGGAGCUGCACGAGAGGCACCCCGAGGUCAAUGGGGUUCGACACUCUCCCAUAUACCCCAUGAUGAUCGAGCUCGUGGUGAAGCUGAACGGACUCGCCCUGUUUGGGCAGGAGUUAGCCAAUAACGAGGAGUUUAUGGCGUGUGCUUUGCCGUAUGUCGAGCAGACGUUGCUUACUGCAGAAAUAGUCAAACUGCUGCCGAAACUUUUACGGCCUGUGGUCGGAGGAAUGCUCGGCUGCCAUCUUAACGCCCACAGGAAAUUCUUCGAAUACUUGAUACCGGCCGCCCAGCUCCGUUGUCAAGAGAGAGAUCUGAAGAACCUGGGGCACGAGGUGCCCAAGCGGGCCGACUGUAUCCAAUGGCUCGUCGAUACGGCUCCCAAGCAGAAGCCAUGGACUCCAGAGCGCGUAAUAUACGAGCUGAUGGCCAUUUGGUUUGGCUCAGUGCACAUCCUCACCACGACCAUCGUCUACGCCCUCCACGACCUUUGUCUCCACCCAGAUUACAUCGACCCGAUCCGGACGGAACUGCUAUCCCAGUACGCGGAUUUUGAGCGUGCCGGCCACGGCCUCCCCUUGCUCGACAGCUUCCUGCGCGAGUCUUCCCGUCUCACGCCCGUCGAGUCCAUGAGCACUCGCCGCCGCGCGCUGCAACCCUUUACCUUCUCAGACGGCACUGCCCUCAACGUAGGAGACUGGGCGUGCAGUCCCUCAGGCGCGCUGAUGCGCAGCGAGGCGCACUACGGGCCGUCGGCGCAGCAGUUUGACGGGUUCCGGUUUGUCGAGCCGUCUGUUCUGGACAGGCUCGAGGGCGGUCACUCAGGAGGAGGACAGCCCAUGGCAGGAAGGGCAAGCAAAAAGCAACCGGCUAAGCUAACGGACGUGGACAGCGCUUUUUUGAUGUGGGGAUAUGGACGUAUGGCCUGCCCCGGACGGUACUACGCCGCUGCUUUCAUGAAGGUAGUGGUGGGGCAGAUCAUCAUGAACUACGACCUGAAGCUGGUAGAGCCGGGCGCGCCGCGCUGGAUGACCUGGCGUGCCGCCAUGCUGCCGCUAGGCAAAACUAUGGUGAUGUUCACUCCGCGUGGCGCUUAAGGGCUCUGUUGAGAAUUUGCGAGGGUACCUAAUGUACUCCACGAUUUGUUUUCUCGAGUAUGGAGAAAAAAUGCCGAAUAUCGAUCGGCCGCCCAAAUUGACGGACAUGAUAUCAA